UUUUGGGUUAUUUAGAACUUUUCAUGUCAAGUCGUUCACUAUAAAAACACGUCAACUCUAUCUUUCCCAAUAAGUUUUCACCUCUCCCCUCUCUCUUGUUGAAGUUAAAAAAAUGGAUGCGAAAGAAUCAAUGAAGAAGCAAAACGAACUCGCCAUGUUCCUUGCUAGGCACGUCUUCUCCUCAGAGGCCAAACACUCUAACAUCGUCUUCUCGCCUGCCUCAAUAUACUCCGCUCUAACUCUCGUGGCUUCUGCUCCCAGCGAACCCUCCGUCGCCGAUGAGAUCCUCUGCUUCCUGAAGUCUUCUUCCACCGAUGAGCUCAACGCCGUCUUCACCGAGCUCGUUUCCCUCGUCUACACCGGCGGUAACGCCAGCGGCGGGCCAGAGAUCUCGUCGGUCAAUGGCGUCUGGAUCGAGAAAACUAUCUCCCUUGACCCUAAGCUCAAGGAUCUCUUGGAGAAUUUCUUCAAAGCUGCUUUCAAUCUCGUGGAUUUCGUAUCAAAGUCUGAAGAAGUGCGUAUAGAGGUGAACUCAUGGGUUCAAGAACGCACCAACGAUCUCAUCAAGGACCUUCUUCCUCCUGGUUCCGUUACAAACAAAACCGAACGUAUUUAUGCAAACGCGUUGUACUUCAAGGGCACUUGGCAAACCCCAUUUGAUGAUUAUGAUACACGUAAGAGAAAGUUCUACCUUCUCAACGGCUCGACAGUGUCUGUGCCAUUCAUGACAAGUGGUGAGGACCAAUACAUAGCCGCUUACGAUGGUUUCAAGGUUGCUAGACUCCCUUUCCAGGGAGGCCGUGGUGAUACCAAUCGCACGUUCGCUAUGUAUUUCUAUCUACCCCGCAAGAAAGAUGGAUUGGACAAUCUCGUGGAGAGGAUAGCAACCACUCCUGGAUUCUUGGAUGCUCACGUUCCGGGUUGUGAAGUUAAAGUUGGGACAUUCAGAAUCCCAAAGUUUGAGAUCUCGUUCGGGUUCUUGGUUUCAGAUGUUUUUAGUCAGUUGGAACUGGGUUCAAAUUCGUUGUACCACAAAGCUUUUAUUAAGAUAGAUGAAUCAGGCGUUGAAGCUGCGGCUGCCACUGCUGAUGAAGCUUGUGGCUGCUAUCUUGGUAUGGAACCUCCGAAGAGCAUAGAUUUUGUGGCUAAUAAACCAUUUCUUUUCUUAAUUAGAAAAGACACAACUGGAACUGUUUUGUUUGCUGGUCAAAUUUUUGAUCCCUCUCAAUCUUCAUAGGCUCCCAAUAGCAAUACAUGUUGAUUUGGUCUCUGUUUAAUCUUUGCUCUUAUCGUAUAUUUGUAUCAGCAAAUAAGUUGAAAUGUUCUUGUAAGGAAGCAGUCAAUCAUUUUCUCUGUUAUGUCCUCAAUCAUUGAGUUUUCUGUAGCUGUGUCUA